GGUGGGCACGAACCUCCAACCCUUUGGUGAGCAGCUGAGUGCUUCACCGUUUGCCCUGCCCAGGAACUCUCUGUUGGGUGCACACCUUCAUUAUUGCUGUUCAAGGACCAAGAACCCUAAAUGCCCUAUUUGGACCCAUCACAGAAUGAAGAAAGUGGAUCAGCUGAAACACAAAGUUGGGUUUGACCUGCAUGCUCACCAUCCACGCUGGACUGUUGUCAUUUCAUUAAAUGGAGUCAGUUCUUAAAUGGGCUGUGAUAGUCCUAUAGCGCACAGCGAGGGCAAGUGUGAGCACACUGACGGAACACAGCUGCAGUGUGAGCACUGGGGGAACAUGACUCGGGGUUCUAUUUGAGCUUCCCAGGAGGGAAAAAUAAUAGGACAAUGUGACAAGGUGGGGACUCUGUGGGUCCCAGAAUGACUCUGCAGUUGCUGGACAAAGAGGGAGACAAGAGGCUCCUUUUGAGAUUACGAGAAGUGCUUUGCGGGAGAGAAAAUUUGUCCUAAAAGAAGCGUCUCCCUCUGGGGUGCUGCUUGAAGAACUCUGGGGUGCUGCUCAACGUCGCUGGGCUGUGUUUCCAUCUGGUUGCUGAAAAAAGCAUGCCAAGUUGCAAGACUGAAGGUGGCUGUGAGAAAUGGAGAUACUCAAGCAAACGUGGUUUAGUACUUGGCAUGUGGAGGGAGCGGAUGCUGGUAGGGAAUGGUUUGUUGUGACCUUAGAAGGUGGGUGUUGGAGAAGGUUCCAGAACCGCAAGGUGGGAGGAGGAAACAACAGCUACUUCCCAGGAGUCAUCAGUUUUUCCCCCACAACCGGACCGAGUUGCUAUAGUGACUGGAGGGACGGAUGGAAUUGGCUAUUCUACUGCUAAGCACCUGGCAAGACUCGGCAUGCAUGUGAUCCUAGCUGGAAAUAAUGACAGAAGAUCCCAAGAGGCUGUAAGGAGAAUCCAGGAGGAAACCUUGAACGACAAAGUGGAAUUCUUAUACUGUGACCUGGCUUCCAUGAGCUCCAUCUGGCAGUUCGUGGGGCACUUCAAGGCAAAGAACAUUCCUCUGCACGUCCUGGUCAACAACGCCGGGGUCAUGAUGGUCCCGCAGCGGACCACCAGGGACGGCUUCGAGGAGCAUUUCGGCCUGAACUACCUGGGGCACUUCCUGCUGACCAACCUUCUCCUGGACACGCUGAAAGAGUCGGGGUCCCCCGGGCGCUGCGCGAGGGUGAUCACUGUGUCCUCAGCCACACAUUACGUCGGCGAGCUGAACAUGGAGGACCUGCAGAGCAGCCAUAGCUACUCGCCCCACGGAGCCUACGCCCAGAGCAAGCUGGCCUUGGUCCUCUUCACCUACCACCUCCAGCGCCUGCUGGCCUCCUCGGGGAGCCACGUGACUGCCAACGUGGUGGACCCCGGGGUGGUCAACACGGACCUCUACCGGCACGUCUUCUGGGGCACAGGGCUGGUCAAGAAGCUCCUCGGCUGGCUGCUGUUCAAGACUCCCAAUGAAGGGGCUCGGACCUCCGUCUAUGCAGCUGUGGCCCCGGAGCUGGAAGGAGUUGGCGGCUGCUACCUGUACAACGAGAAGGCAACCAAGUCCCUCCAGACCACGUAUGAUGAAAAGCUGCAGCGGCAACUGUGGGCCCGGAGCUGUGAGAUGACCGGGGUCCUGGAUGUCACCCAGGAAGGCCUCUUGAUGUAGCCACAGCAGGGGAAGCCUUUGCACCCAGCAGGCUGCUCUCAAGGCCCUUGGGGCUUCCGUGUCUCACGCCCGGCAGCCUCCAGGGCUCUGUCUAAAUGUCCAGUGUUGGCUGCCUUGCGCUUCUCACGAGCAAAAGAAACGUUGGGCAGAACUGGGAGAAUGUGGACCAAGGGGUAAACCUUGUGAUCCCAACGUGCCAAAUUGCUUCGUGUGGCUGCGGGUACCACAAAUGAUUAAACCAUUGCACCUGAGCGUGGGCUUGUCUUUGCUCGACACGGGGACUGGGAGAUGUGGGUCAAAACGUGCGAGGUAAGGUGGGCAUACUUCCGGGGACCUUGUUCUGCUCAAGGAGCGCUGGUGGCAUGGUGGUUAAAGUGUUCAGCUGCUAACAGAACGGUCAGCGGUUCGAGCCCACCCGCCGCUCCUCCGGAGAAAGA